AUGCGCAUUGAGUCUUUUCUUGGUCUACAGAGUUAUGGAAUUGGUGCGACAAAUGUAACAUUUCAACAGCAUAAAAUUGGCCGGCAAGAACGUGCACAAAUUCUUGGACACCAUCCUGGAUUUCGUGGUUGCACCGUAUGGUUCACUGGUCUUUCGGGUGCUGGCAAAACUACAGUGGCUUUUGCUGUUGAGAAAAUUUUAACUCAGCUCGGUAUACCUGCAUAUGGUUUGGAUGGUGAUAACGUCCGUCAUGGGCUGUGUAAAAAUCUCGGAUUUACGAAGGAAGAGAGAAGUGAAAAUAUUCGUCGAGUUGCUGAAGUUGCGAAACUCUUUUCUGACAUGGGCAUUGUCGUUCUCGCUUCAUUUAUCAGCCCAUAUAAAGCUGAUCGUGAUGAUGCAAGAUCUAUUCAUAAUCAGGUGAUCACUUUAUCAGUUUAUCGCUUUAUCAGUUCUACUCCCUGA